UGACGCUGUACAACGCUCGCUUUGUUUUUAAUAGUGAAUUUAACAAUUUGUAAUCACAUAAAAUAUUUUGCAUUUGUAAAAAGAAAUUGUUUAUAUUUUCAAAUAAACAUCGGUGAAAAUACACUGAAAACGGACCGGGAACAUACACUGGAUCAUAUAAUUAAAUCCCACUAAUCAGUAUAAUAUCAAAAUGGAGACAGGGAACAAAGCCGGUAGUGGAUGGCCGCGUGGUGCAACAAAUAAUAAUGCUAUCAAUAAUAAUGUUAGCAUUCAAAAGCCAAUCAGUACGAAUUCAUCGAUUACAAUAAAUCGCACCAUAAACUUGUAUCCGUUGACAAACUACACAUUUGGUACGAAAGAACCACUAUUUGAAAAAGAUCCAAGUGUUCCGGCACGCUUUCAACGAAUGCGCGAUGAAUUUGAUAAAAUUGGUAUGCGACGUUCGGUCGAAGGUGUUUUACUUGUGCACGAACAUGGUUUGCCACAUGUACUGCUAUUACAAUUGGGCACAACAUUCUUCAAGUUGCCGGGCGGUGAAUUGAAUCCAGGCGAAGAUGAAGUUGAAGGUUUAAAGCGUUUGUUGUCAGAAACGUUUGGACGAAAGGAUGGCAUUAAACAAGAAUGGAUUGUUGAAGAUAUUAUUGGAAAUUGGUGGCGACCAAAUUUUGAACCAUCUCAAUAUCCAUACAUGCUACCACAUAUUACCAAUCCAAAAGAGCAUAAACAAAUGUUUUUGGUUCAAUUACAUGAGAAAGCACCAUUUGCCGUACCGAAAAAUUACAAGCUUGUUGCCGCACCGCUCUUUGAAUUGUACGACAAUUCGUUGGGUUAUGGACCGAUCAUUGCAAGUUUACCACAAGCACUAUGUCGAUUCAAUUUUAUUUAUCACAAUUAAUCCAUUUUUCCCCCCGACUUAUUAUAUAAAUGGAACAAACACACACACACACACAAAAAAAAACAUAAAUUGAAAAUAAUAAAAUGCGUUUACGAGUUUCAUAUAAUCGUGUAACAUCAAUAAUAAAAAGUCAUCAACCAUUUUCAGCUGUGUUGCAUAAA